AUGUCUUGGUAUCAUAAAAGACCUGAUAUUAAUUGGAGGAACGCAGAGUGGAUGACUGGAGUUAGAGACCAAGGCAACACUAAAGCAUGUUGGGCUGUUGCUGUUUGCGAUCUUGUGGAGAUGUUGCACAACAGGCAAAAUCCUGAUAAUCGCUUGCAAUCCCCUUUAUCAGCACAAGAGCUGAUAGACAACUAUCCAGGCAGUGGUCAUGUCGAGUGGGCAUUUGAUUAUAUAAAAACAAAUGGGAUUGCAUGUGAAGCUGAUUAUCCUUGGAAAGGAGAAAUCUCUGAGAAAAAUGAGAACAUUGUCAGUCUUGAGCCCGUGGUAAAAUAUGAUAAUGGUGGUACUAAUGAAAGUGGUCAUGCGAUGGUGAUAGUUGGACAGGGACAGAAUGAGUACUAUGAAAAAUACUGGCAUGUUAAAAAUACUUGGGGUGAAGGUUGGGGUGAUGAGGGUUACGCAAGACUGGCAAAGAGUGUCUCAGACCCUAACAGAGCCUACUAUCCCAUCUACUAUCCCUUGAUCCAUGAAGACUGA